AAAGAGACAAAAAGGAGUGCACACUGAUCGGGUGGAUUUUCUGCAGCUGAUGAUUGAUUCUCAAGUAGCCAGUGUCAGCGCCGAGAAGCAGAACGGUGAUGGCAAGUCAACAGAAAAAACUCUAACUGACUCAGAGAUUCUAGCACAGGCCUUGACUUUUAUCCUUGCUGGAUAUGAGACCACCAGCAACACACUAUCAUAUACUGCACACAAUCUGGCAACGCAUCCGGAUGUACAGAAGAAACUGCAGCAAGAGAUAGAUGAAGCUUUCCCAAACAAAGCUCCUCCCACAUACGAUGGAGUGAUGCAGUUGGAAUAUAUGGAAAUGGUGAUAUCGGAAACCCUACGACUGUUCCCCCCUGCCCCCCGCAUUGACAGAGUGUGCAAGAAAGAUGUACAGCUUAAUGGGGUAACCAUUCCAAAGGGGACUAUCGUCAUGGUUCCUGCCUACGUGCUGCACCGUGAUGCAGAAUACUGGCCAGAGCCUGAAGAGUUUAGACCUGAAAGGUUCAGUAAAGAGAACAGGGAGUCUUGGGUUCCAAAUACCUUCCUGCCAUUUGGAAUGGGCCCUCGGAACUGCAUUGGGAUGCGAUUUGCUCAACUUACGAUGAAGUUGGCACUUGCUUCAUUCUUGCAACAUUUGAGCAUUGUGCCAUGCAAGGAGACACCGAUCCCUCUAGAAAUGGAUGUGAAAGGACCCAUGCAUCCCAAAAAACCUGUAAUCCUGAAAUUUGUGCCACGGGUGAAUGCUGAUUCGAAGGAAUAAAGCACUGGUCAACUUGGAACUGUUAAAAUAUUUAGGAGUGUGAAUGCCUUGGACUAAAGAGAAAUAGGUCAUGUCACUGCAAAUGAAAUAAAAAUAGAUGGAUAAACAAAAAGUCUCUAUCAUGACAGGAAACCAGAAUUAAGUGGUGAGAACCUAUGAUCUUUCUCCAGUUGGAAAGGCUGAAUGUUGAAUGCUUUUAGAAAGAUACAAUAAUUGAUUAUUCAAUGAAAAAACAUUGAAAAGGUAAUAUAGUCUAAUUAGUAGAAUGUUAAAUGUAUUUUUAAACCUUUUUGAUAUUUUAAUGAAUCAUUUUGUGACUAUAAACUAUUUGGUAAAUGGAUGAAUGUUGUUUCUAAUGUACUAAGCGUUUUCUAGUGAAAACAUUGGUCACAAAUUUCUUAUACUAAUUGCACAUUUUCACUCCUUUUUAGCAAUUUUGUGUUUAUAAUUUUAAGAAAUGCAAUAUGAAAUUUUUGACUAGUUGUGUCUGAAUUCUACAUUAUGGCAAAUGAAAUGGACCUGAUAAAUCCAGGGCUUGUAAAGCACAAUUUAACCUGCACCCCGACCCACUGAGAGAUGGCAUGCAAAUUUUAUCCUGCCAUUGCAUCAAUCUGCAGUGAAGGAAUGGAAUAUGUUGCUGUCUGCCCCAGCAGCAUUCAUGGCCAGUAUGAUAGAUGACUAGCCUGUAGCUCUUAAUGCUCCUAUAAUGCCUGUAGUCAGGGAUAUGGCCAGUUCGUGGACUGUACCGUGAUGCCUCUCUAGGCUCUUUACUCACUGUCAGUGCUCACUCACUUUGAACAAAAACAAAAGUUGCUGGAAAAACUCAGCAGGUCUGGCAGCAUCUGUGAAGAAAAAAUCAGAGUUAACGUUUCGGGUCUGGUGACCCUUCCUCAGAACCGGACCCGGAUCCAAAAUGUUAACUCUGAUUUUUUUCUUCACAGAUGCUGCCAGACCUGCUGAGUUUUUCCAGCAACUUCUGUUUUUGUUCCUGAUUUACAGCAUCCGCAGUUCUUUCGGUUUUGCUCACUUGCUUUGAGUCUAUUUUGAUGCUCACAGCAUCACUGCUUGCCUCUUUUGCACCUUGCUAUUACUGUUCAUGCAUGUGGAGAGGUGUUAUGAAUAAAUAAGCAGCGCAGUGGGCAUGCUGGAUUAGUGGCAUCGGGUUGUGGGGUUUAUGAGGGCAUGUGGGAAAUGCUACAGGCAUUGGUGGUGGAGGUGGAGCUUGAGCCGUGGUGGGUGGAUUCAGUAUCAAGGGUAGAGAGAGCGUGAGGUAUUGGGAGAGAAAAUGGUUAUCGUAAAUGAUCUGUGCAGCUCCGUGACUGACUUUCUGCAACUCCCUAGACAUUCAGCACUGGAAUUGCACAAUUGUGGCCCAUUCCCUCCAGCCCUGAUCACCUAAGUGAUCAACUAGUCUUGUCCAACCUCUGGACUGAUACUGGAAGCUGCCUUUGAUUUACUGUGCGGGACCCUUGACUGAAUGGCUGACUCCCAUGGUUUGACUUCACCCUUGGGUGACUGUCUGUGUGGAGUUUGCACAUUCUCCUCGUGUCUGCGUGGGUUUCCUCCGGGUACUCUGGCUUCCUCCCACAGUCCAAAGAUGUGCAGGCGAGGUGGUUUGGCCAUGUUAAAUUGCCCAUAGUCUUCAGGGAUGUGGAGCUUAGGUGGUUUAUAGGGGGAUGGGUCGGUGUGGACUUGUUGGGCCGAACGGCCUGUUUCCACACUGUAAGGAUUCUAUGAUCUAUGAUUGAUGGCUACAUCCAGUAGACAUUGAGACAAAACCAUUUUGUUGAAGCAGUAUGCCUUGUAUGCUGCUGGCACAUUCUGCAUUGUGACAUUGAUAUAGCAUGGUGUGUUCAGCAACAUAUCCACCCUUGACAAUACACUUGGCAAGCUGCCUGUCUUCGUGUCUGCACUAAAUGGCAAGGCCAUACAGAAGUACUGUGAGUAUCCAAGUAGGCACAAAGUGAGUGAGUGUUAAGAGAGCAAGCAAGAAACCCUGAGCUGCACCCAGUCCAGUCAGGGAGUUGAUGGCUAUCCCUGUGCACAACGUGUCCUGGUAGGAAGGAGCAUUGCAAUUCAAGAUGCCAGUAUGCUCCAAAGUGUUAGAAGGUAGAUGCGCAAUCUUUCACUGAAUUAUUACAGUCUUAGCAGAGAUUGGUAACUUGUCGAAAAGUCAUUUGAAUUACUCGUCAUAAACUAAAAAAAACCACACAACUCAAUUCACAUUUUAAACAUACUUUUAUUGUAACAAACAUGAAAACAAAACAAAGACUCUUAAUUUCACUCAGAACAACACAAGAGAUAACACUUGCUUCUGAAAGACCAGUUAUGAGGAUAGUUAAAUUUUAGUUAAAUUGGAAUGAAGGUUCACGAGCCUCCUAAAUUGUAGACCUGAAUUUCGGUGUGGCCAACAGUGAUAUUCUGAUUGUCAUGAUAAAUUAUUUGAAAGUCUUUUACUCCAAUCGUAAGAAACACAAAUAAUGGCAGGUUUGAAUUGUUAAUUGUUUGAAUUUGAAUUUAGGAUAUUUGAGGGGACUUUGAUUGUUUAGUCAUUUCAGUAAUGUUGAAAAAAUAAUGUAUUUGAAAUCUUAAAAGAAAUGCUAACAGAUUUGGGAACAAUGGGAGUUUAUUCUAAAAUUCUAUCUUCAAUGAUGAAACUUUUUUUUGUUCUUUGAAAUUAUAAUGUUACUAAUUAAAUAAAUAAUCUGUUGAAGGUGUCA